GGGGGUGCGGGGUGCGGGGGGGAGGGAUGGGGUCCCAGACGGUGCAGAUCCUGCGGCAGGGGGUGUGGGCGUCGCUGAGCGGGGGCUGGUACUACGACCCGCACCAGGGCACCUUCGUCAACGCGCUGCAUCUCUACCUGUGGCUCUUCCUCCUCGCCCUGCCCUUCGCCCUCUACAUGGCCCUCCCUUCCUCCAUGAUCAUAGUGGCUGUUUACUGCCCGGUGAUUGCCGCUGUUUUCAUCGUUCUGAAAACGGUGAACUACCGCCUGCACCGAGCCCUGGAUGAGGGAGAAAUCGUAGAGAGACGUGCCAGUCAGUUCACAGAGCAGGGCAUCAAGACGGACCAGGGCAACUGCCUCACCAGGGGCAAAGACAGCAGCGGACCCAGUGAUCCCGGAGGCGGGAUUGAAAUGUCCGAGUUCAUUCGAGAAGCCACACCCCCGGUUGGCUGCAGUUCCCGCAAUUCUUACGCUGGUCUAGACGCAAGUAACCAGAUCGGGUCUGGCUCAUCUCGGCUUGGAACGGCGGCGACCAUUAAAGGAGAUACAGACACUGCCAAGACUUCUGAUAUCAGUUUAAGUCUUGGCCAGAGUUCUAGCCUUUGUAAAGAAGGGAGUGAAGAUCAAGAUCUGGCCGCGGAUCGGAAGCUCCUCCGUCGAGUCUCCGACGACUCCUUCGUCUCCAUACGGCCCUCGCUGUCCUCUGGCGGGCCGGAUCUACCCAGAGACCUCAGCGACAGAGCGAGCCGCAGCCCCGGCAGCCCCGGCGGCCACCGGCCCGCGCACCGGGGGGAUGGGUCCCCGUCAGGCGCCUGCGACGCGGAGGGGGCUUCCCUCGUCCCGCCGCACUCCCGCUCCUCCAGGAAGGACCCCCGGCCCCGGGGGGUGCCCCGGACCUCCAGCUCGGCCGUGGCUUUUCCGGAGCCCUCCCUCAACGACUUCCCCCUCUACCCGCAGAGGCGGGGGCUGGAUCCGGUCAGCGAGCUGGAGCCCCCCAGGCCCCGCUCCGGCUCCAAAGACCCGCCGAGGGCCGACAGGAGCGCGGACAGCUUGACCAGCCUGAGCACGCAGAGCAGCGGCUCGCCCGGGAGCUACUGCGGCGGGACGGAGCCGGACACCCACAGCACCGUCAGCAGCUACAAAAGCGAGCGGACCAGCUCCACCCACGUCGAGAGCGGCCCGUCCGAGCGGGAGGAGUCGCCCUCCGCGGGGCCGGAGGCCGGGGCCGCCCCUCCCGGCGAGAGGUCGGCCCUGGGGGGCGACGCGGACGGGGACGCCAACAGGAACCCCCACGCCAACGAGCGCGCCGCCGGGGAUGCCCCCGAGGAGACGGGGGAGCGGGCCGCGCCCAGGGCGCCCCGGGACGGAGGCGGGCGGCGGAAGGAGGGGGACGUCAGGCCCAAAUCGUCCAGCCUGAUCCACCGGACGGCCUCCGCCCACCGGUCGGGCCGGAGGCGGCCGGGGAAGAAGCGGGCCAGCAGCUUCGACGCCAGCCGGCACCGGGAUUACGUCUCGUUCCGGGCCGCCAAGCCGCCCCGGACGGCCUCCUGUCACGACGACGACUCGAGCGACCCCAGCGACCUGAGCCGGACGUCCAGCCUGCAGUCGGCCCACCGCUUCGGCAGCGACACCUCGUCCGGCUCCGCCUCCCAUUCCCGCCAGUCCCCGGAGGGCCGGUGCGGGACCCCCAAGGCCCGACGCCUCGGGAGGGAGAGAGGCGCCGACCCCGAGCCCCGGCACGGGGCCGCCCCGGGCCCCGAAGGGAGCGGCAGGAGGCGGCCGGCCCGGCGGAUUUCCGGCCCGGGCGGCCCCAAGGGCCGGGCCCGGGUGCUGAGCCUGGACAGCGGCACCGUGGCCUGCUUGAACGACCCCACCCGCCUGGCGGCCCCGGAGGGGGCCAAGCCGCUGACCACUUCCAAGUCGGACCUGGAGGCCAAAGAGGGAGAGGUCCUCGACGAGCUGUCGUUGCUGGGCCGGGCUUCCCAGUUAGAAUCGGUCACCCGCUCGCGGAACAGCUUGCCGAGCCAGGCGACGUUCCCCGAGAGGGAGGAGCAAAACCCAACGAGCGGAGCAGCGCAGGCCGGCGAGGAGACGGUCAGGUUCCACCGCGAACGCAGCACGUUUAGGCGCCAGGCCGUCCGGCGCCGCCAUAAUGCGGGCAGCGACCCUCCCCCCCACACGCUGCUCAUCGGAUCGCCCCUCAGUGACACGGACUCACAUAUAUCCAGUUCUACCUCAGUUCGAUUUUAUCCCCAAGAUCUGCUGUCUCUCCCGCAGAUCCGAUUGAAUAGAAUGCUGACCAUGGACACGGAUCUGUUGGAGCAGCAUGACAUCGAUCUAAGCCCCGACCUACAGGAUCACACGCAACCACCAGACACUGCCGCCCAGAAGAUAAAACACUAUUAUCGCUUCUGGAUUCUUCCCCAGAUCUGGAUAGGCGUUAACUUCGAUCGACUCACCCUUUUGGCUUUGUUUGAUAGGAAUCGCGAGAUCCUUGAAAAUGUGUUAGCUGUCAUCUUAGCUAUCCUGGUGGCAUUCCUGGGAUCGAUCCUGCUCAUCCAAGGCUUCUUCAGGGAUAUCUGGGUCUUUCAGUUCUGCCUAGUGAUAGCCAGUUGUCAGUACUCGCUACUCAAGAGUGUCCAACCAGACUCUUCUUCUCCUCGACAUGGUCAUAACCGCAUCAUUGCCUAUAGUAGACCGGCUUAUUUCUGUUUGUGUUGUGGUCUCAUUUGGCUCUUGGAUUACGGUAGCCAAAAUCUUCCUACAACCAAGUUCAAGUUCUAUGGAAUGGCUUUCAGCAAACCCUUGCUGCUCAUUUCAGCCAGGGAUUUGGUGAUAGUGUUUACACUAUGCUUCCCCAUAGUAUUUUUCAUCGGCCUCCUGCCUCAGGUGAACACAUUUGUCAUGUACCUCUGCGAACAAGUGGAUAUUCAUGUCUUUGGCGGCAAUGCCACCACGAGCCUGCUUGCUGCCCUUUACAGUUUCAUCUGCAGUAUUGUGGCGGUGGUAUUAUUAUAUGGCCUCUGCUAUGGCGCUUUAAGGGAUUCUUGGGAUGGUCAACAUAUUCCUGUGCUCUUCUCCAUAUUCUGUGGCUUAUUAGUAGCCGUGUCGUACCACCUCAGCAGACAGAGCAGCGAUCCGUCUGUUCUUUUCUCUUUGAUUCAGUCAAAGGUUUUUCCCAAUGCAGAAGAGAAAAAUCCUGAGGACCCUCUAUCUGAAGUUAAAGACCCCUUGCCUGAGAAACUUCGAAAUUCUGUCAGUGAAAGGUUGCAGUCUGACUUGAUCGUGUGCGUAGUGAUUGGCGUGCUCUAUUUCGCUAUUCACGUCAGCACGGUGUUCACAGUAUUGCAGCCUGCUCUGAAGUAUGUCUUAUACACAUUGGUGGGAUCGGUAGGCUUUUUAACCCAUUACAUGCUGCCUCAGGUCCGCAAGCAGUUACCUUGGAAUUGCUUCUCCCACCCGCUGCUGAAAACGAAGGAGUAUUAUCAGUUUGAAGUUCGAAAUGCGGCCCACGUCAUGUGGUUUGAGAAACUCCACGCCUGGCUCCUCUUCCUGGAGAAAAAUAUCAUCUACCCUCUGAUCGUCCUCAAUGAACUCAGCAGUAGUGCCGAGACCCUCGCGAGUCCAAAGAAACUGGAUACGGAGCUAGGUGCUUUAAUGAUCACCAUUGCCGGUUUGAAAUUACUCCGUUCAUCUUUCAGUCGCCCGACCUGUCAGUACGUUACUGUCAUCUUCACGGUCCUCUUUUUCAAAUUCGAUUACGAGGCUCUCUCCGAGACCAUGCUAUUAGAUCUCUUCUUCAUGUCCAUCCUCUUCAAUAAGCUUUGGGAGCUCCUGUAUAAACUGCGGUUCGUGUACACUUAUAUUGCACCGUGGCAGAUCACCUGGGGGUCUGCAUUCCACGCUUUUGCCCAGCCUUUUGCCGUGCCUCAUUCCGCCAUGUUGUUUGUGCAGGCCAUCGUGUCUGCCUUCUUCUCUACACCUCUCAACCCCUUUCUGGGAAGUGCAAUAUUCAUCACUUCAUACGUUCGACCCAUCAAAUUUUGGGAGAGAGAUUACAACACGAAGCGUGUGGACCAUUCCAACACCAGGUUGGCCUCCCAGCUGGAUAGAAACCCAGGUUCAGAUGACAACAAUCUGAAUUCCAUCUUUUAUGAACACUUAACACGCUCUCUGCAGCACAGUCUGUGUGGGGAUCUCCUCCUCGGCCGCUGGGGGAAUUAUGGAACCGGGGACUGCUUCAUCCUCGCCUCCGACUACCUCAAUGCCCUAGUCCACCUUAUCGAGAUCGGGAACGGGCUGGUCACUUUCCAGCUUCGGGGGCUGGAAUUCAGAGGCACUUACUGCCAGCAGCGCGAAGUGGAGGCGAUCACGGAAGGGGUGGAGGAAGACGAGGGGUUUUGCUGCUGCGAGCCCGGCCACGCCCCUCACGUGCUGUCCUUCAACGCCGCCUUCGGCCAGCGCUGGUUAGCUUGGGAGGUGCUGGUCACCAAAUACGUGCUGGAGGGCUACAGCAUCACCGACAACAGCGCCGCUUCCAUGCUCCAAGUCUUCGACCUGCGCAAAAUCCUGACCACCUACUACGUCAAGGGUAUCAUAUACUACGUGACGACUUCCUCCAAGCUGGAGGAAUGGUUGUCUAACAAGACCAUGCAAGAAGGGCUUCGGUUAUGUUCCGAUCGCAACUAUGUCGACGUCGACCCUACUUUUAAUCCGAAUAUCGAUGAAGACUACGACCAUCGGCUCGCGGGGAUAUCCCGGGAGAGUUUCUGUGUGAUUUACCUCAACUGGAUCGAGUAUUGUUCUUCCCGAAGAGCCAAGCCACUGGAUGCAGAUAAAGAUUCAUUGCUGGUGACCCUCUGUUAUGGUCUCUGUGUCCUGGGGAGAAGAGCUUUGGGGACUGCUUCUCACCACAUGUCUAGUAAUUUGGAGUCGUUCCUCUAUGGUCUUCACGCCCUCUUCAAGGGAGAUUUCCGGAUCUCCUCGAUCCGAGACGAAUGGAUCUUUGCGGACAUGGAAUUGCUAAGAAAAGUGGUGGUCCCUGGAAUUCGCAUGUCUCUGAAAUUGCAUCAAGACCAUUUCACAUCCCCAGAUGAGUACGAGGACCCCAGCGUCCUGUACGAAGCCAUCGCGUCGCACGAGCAGAACCUGGUCAUGGCCCACGAAGGGGACCCGGCCUGGAGGAGCGCCAUCCUCUCCAACUCCCCCUCCCUGCUCGCGCUGCGGCACGUCAUGGACGACGGCACCAACGAAUAUAAGAUCAUCAUGCUCAACAAAAGCUUCCUGAGCUUCCGGGUCAUCAAAGUGAACAAGGAAUGCGUGCGGGGCCUCUGGGCCGGACAGCAGCAGGAGCUGGUGUUUCUGCGAAACCGCAACCCGGAGCGUGGCAGCAUCCAAAACGCCAAGCAGGCCCUGAGGAACAUGAUCAACUCGUCCUGCGACCAGCCCAUCGGCUACCCCAUCUACGUCUCCCCGCUGACCACGUCCUACUCCGACAGCCACGAACAGCUCAAGGUCAUCCUCGGCGGCCCCAUCAGCUUAGGGAACAUCAGGAAGUUCGUCGUGUCCACGUGGCACAGGUUAAGGAAAGGUUGCGGUGCCGGAUGCAACAGCGGAGGGAACAUCGAAGAUUCUGACGGCGGAGGGGGGACCACCUGCCCUCCAAACAACACCCUGGCCACCACCGAGGCCCCGAGCCGAACGACGCAAGGAAGCAGAGGCAGCUCCGGGCCGGCACCCGGCUCGGAAUCCCAUCUCCCUGCCACCCCUCACCCUCCCAUGCUAGGCAGCAGCCAGAGCGCCCAGUCGGUGCGUUCGAGCCUGGUCCGCCCGUGUCCGGCCCGGGGCUCGGUGGACAGCCAGUCUUCCUACUACUGCAGCGGGCGGGCGCCGUGGACGGCGGCCCCGGGCCUGGGCCCCUGCCGACGCUCGUCCACCAGCCAGCUGUCCCUGCGGCAACUGCCCUCCUCCCUGCAGGCCCGCCUGCCCGCCCUCACCCAGCUGGAUCCGGCCGCGGGGCUGGGCCUCCAGCAGGCCCUCCCCGCGGCCAGCUGCUCCAGCCACAACCUGCCGGCCGCCAAGCAGCAGCUGGCCCUCGGGGGCUCGGCGGGGACCGAAGGAGGGUCCGGGUGCCACGACGGGCAGGCCGGCGGGGAGCUCAGCCCGCCCGCCGGGGCCCAGGCCAAGAAGGGGGACGUCGUCUACAGGAUCCAGAUCGUGGAUCCCAGCCAAAUCUUAGACGGGAUCAACCUCUCCAAAAGGAAGGAGCUCCAGUGGCCAGAUGAGGGGAUCCGGAUGAAAGCCGGGAGAAACAGCUGGAAAGACUGGAGUCCUGAAGAAGGCAUGGAAGGCCGCGUGAUUCACCACUGGGUGCCUUGCAGCAAAGAUGCAGGUAGCAGAUCCCACAUAGACAAGACCAUCCUCCUCGUUCAGAUCGACGACAAAUACGUGGUCGUGUUGGAGACCGGCGUCUUAGAGCUGGGAGCCGAAGUGUGAGCCAACGGUUCGAACCCGCGCGUCUCUCUUCCCUCGCCUCCGGAGACAUUGGAAAAAGGGAGGGAGCGGAAGGCGAUUCCCUUCGGGCUCAUCCUGGGAGAGAAGGCUCGGAAAAAGUGGCUUCAAGACCCUCUCUUCUCCUCUCUUCACACCCCAGCCCGUGUCCAUCCCCGAAUAAAGUUUAAAAUAUUUUUUUUUAAGUUAGCUGCUGAGGCAACAUGCACAUGGAGAAUAAGGUUCUGGUAACUCACAUCCUUUUUUUAAAAAAAAAAAAAAUGAAACACACAACCUUUUUCUCUGCGGUACGUGUGCUUUAAAUCAGCAAGCCCUUUGCUUCCAAAACGUAAAUCCUUUUUUUCUGAUUCAUUUGCCAAAAACGGUCGUCGCGUUCGGUCGCCGAGCGUGGGAGAUCCAUCUUCCUGAUUCUUGAAAACGGAUCAGUUCGCCGACCAUUCAGCGGAAGGCAGUCUAGAAACGUAACGUAGAGCGAGAAGCGAUGAACGGAUGGAUUUAUCCUAUUGUGAGCGGCCGGCGGGGUGGGGGGGACUUUAAUGAGAAAACUGCACUAAUUUUUUUACAGCGAUGCACUAAGAAGUCUGAGGUUCCUCAGAGCAUUUAUUUAUAUAUGAAAACGAAAGACCGUUAUUUAAAUUACCUUCAGGAUCAACCCUCCCCUCUACGUAGAAAGACCGAGGGCAGGAGCCGGGGGUGCUCGCCUGAGGUUUCAUGCCGAUGCGUUCAUGGGCCCCUUCCUUCCUAAGGGGCUCUGACAUCUGCCUACUUGACACAGUUUCCCAAAGCCAUCGGGGGGCGGGGAACGAGCCCCUCCAACACCACUGCCAGCCAUCCGGCCCGCAUCCAAGAAGAACCCAGAGCGGAGCACCGUAGCCUGGCACUGACCAACAGGCCGAGAACCAGCUACGUCGGCGCCGUGCCCGGGAGGAAAAACAUUAUGCUGUUACGGAGGCUGAAUCUCGAGGCAGUGAGAGAGGGGGUUGUAUCGCAAGGGUCCGUAAAGGUAAUCAGACUUAAUUCCGUUACGUUCCGGGGUUGUUUUUUUGUUUUUUUGUCAUUUCAUUUUUUUUAGUGAAACUCCAGAAAGAGCGGUCCUGAGCGUCACAUACGACCAUCUUGCCUUUUAUUCCCCCGCCCUGCUUUACUUUUUUUAUUCUCUUUCUGUUACUUGAAUUGUAUUUCCUGUGAUCAUAUCUAUUAUACGUAACUGUAAUUUUCGAGUAUUUAUAACUGUGAAGUUGACUUGUUCACGUGUCAUCACGUAUCCUUGCUUUUAUUGGGUUGUUUUGUGUUUUUUUAACGUAUGAAUUCAGGGAAACUUGUAACUCCAACUUACCGCUGGGUAGGCGAAAACUACAGUGGAGAGGAAUCGACGACUCCCGACGUCUUAGCGAAAUCCGUGAAAAACCCGCCUCUCCGGUUCUUUUCCACUCGGAUGGGAGACUUCGGAUCGGCAGGACGGACCGGGGCAAAAAUAGGGAGGCCUCCGAAGCCGAGACGGAGUAGAACUUUCUGGCAAGGGGGGACACAAGAAGUGAGAUUCUAAGCUUGUUCCGAGACGGAAUCAGCAGAGAUCCAGAAGGAUGGGGGCGGAUUCCCGCGGCACACUCCCGGAACCACCCGAAAGGCCUCCUUUCCGCUAAGACCCGUGCCGGGCAUCGACUCGGUGCAUUGCUUUGAGUUUUGCUUGUUUUGUACACACUACAGAGACCCUCGGUCUUCAGUUCCGUGAGUCGCACGAGGGUCCGUGAUCGCCCCGUGAAAACCGUGCAUCUCGAAUGGGUUAUCGAACUGUGGUGUCGAGACGCGUGUUUUUUUUUUUAACAGACCACCCUUUAAGCCUUUGCCUUGCAAACUCCCGUUUGGUGUCUCUUGUAUUUGACCUGCCCCGACGAACCCACGACAUUCCAUCAAAGGUCGCUGUCACUGCAUCUGCUGGCAGGGGAUAUGUCCCUAUGUGGAAAAAAAUAAUAGUAAUAAUAAUAAACACGAUUCCUCUGAAAAGGAAUUUGCUCCCUCCCUGAAAUAGAUUCGAUCUUUGUGUUCUAGAGCAGGAGCUCAUUUCUUAAGAGAAAUGAGACAUCGUAAAAUUUCACACCUGAUGCCAGUUAAAGAAGCCCAUUCCUCCGGCGGUGUAAUCCGAUGGGUUGUGGAAUUAGGAUUGGGUCAAAAGAAUAACUGUCUAGGAUUCAAAUGAAACACAGUUUUUCAGAAAAUCACCGCCCAUUUGUUUUUUCUCCGAGGCUAGAUUAACAGGACAGAGCAACUUCUCUCUACGAGGAGUUGGAAUUUCUUAGAAUCCUCCCCAGUUCUGUCAGUCAACAUGGAAAUUGGUGACUUGAAAAAAAAACCAAACACAUAGGAAAUGGAUGAUUUAAAAUUGAAUCCAGCACCCUCCCUGCUCCAAGAGCAGAAAUAAAGCUUAGAAUUUUCAAAUACGAAAAAAAAUUCCAAGAUUUUUGUCCACCGAGCCCGUGGCACAUAGAAUGUGUCUGUUAUUAUAUUGUCCUCUCCUAAGCGCUUAGUACAGUAAGCUCUCAGUAAAUACAUUUGACUGAAUGACGGACCGACUCCCGUUUCCAGGCUGAGGAGAAGUGAUCUAAAACUCUGUGCGCUUAAGGUUUCACCUCUAGGGAAAUAUCAAGGCUGAUUGUGAAGGGAUGGCUUUCAGUCCCUCAUCCUCCCGCUGACAGUAGCUUCAGGCCGCAAGAGAAACAGUCACGAGACGUCCGUUCGCUCUGUUAGGGUCAACGGGCGGAUGGCUUUCUCCCAGAAGGCGCUUAAACUGUGGGGAGUUUGGAUUCUUGGGUGCCAAACCGUUUCAAAUCCUCCAACGUUCCCCAAACACCCAGAAGCGCUCAAUAAAUACAAAUGAUGAUUGA